GAAUAAGUACUGGAGCCCCGGAAAAGGGAGAUGGAGCCCCAGCUCCUGGUCCCCCUUUCCACCCCCCACACCCCCAGGCCACCGGCAAUGUCACCUUCCACAUGAACACGCCCUCUGCUCCCUGCCCUCUUGGUUUCAGCUUCUCCAGCCCCGUGCCCAAGGACAAGCCCCUGUCCUUCGUGGGCUCCCCCAGGUCCAUGGCCAGCUCUGACAGCUCAGGGGAGACAGCCCCUGUCUCCCACACCCCGAGCCCAGUUCCUGAUCCCCACCACGAGGCUCUGGGGCCUGGGCUCACCGCCACCAUGCUGGAGAUCCACUCCCCUUCUCCCUCCUGCUGGGGCUCCCCCCCCUCCCCGAAGAUCACUCGCCACGUCCCAGGGCCACUCUCCACCCAGAAGCUUCAGGACCUCCUCAGGGACCUCAGAGAUGUUCUCCGAAGUGUGGCAGGCUUCGGAGGGGUUGCAGAAGCAAAAGAAUCUUCUGAGGAAAGCAACAUUUCUAAAGAUGAGUCAGAACAUCAAGAAAAAGCUGGAGGCCUGGAUAAGGCCAAUGAAGUGGUGUCAGAAAACCUGCUAAUUUGUUUAGACCUAGAGGAGAAACAGGGGCUGAUUUUGGAAAACCAGAACCCUACAAACACUGGACACCUUUCUGCAAGGGAUUGGGAAAGGCAUUCGGAAGGGAAAAGAACCUUUACCAGAGCUCAGCUGAGUAAGAAAGAAGGGGCAAGGGUCCCUGGGGUCCAAGAAGAAAAUGCUAAACUCCGGGAAAGCAUGGAGCAGCUCCUGCAGGAAGCUGAGCACUGGAGCCAGCAGCACACGGAGCUCAGCGAACUCAUGAGGUCCUACCAGCAGUCUCACAGGGACAGCCAGGCUCAGCUCCGAAGCCAGCCACACAGCCGCAUGCCCACCCAGGGGACGCUGGAGGAGGCUGUGAGAAGGCUGAGCCAGGACACGCACGCCCUGCACCUGAUCGCCGCCCUGCUGGAGAACGAGUGUCAGAUCCUACAGCACAGAGUGCAGAUCCUCAAGGAGUCCUACCAGCCCCGGGAGGGGACGUCCCCCGAGAGGCCACCGCAGAGAAACCACCUGCAGGCCAAGAACAGCCAGGACCCACCACCACCGGAGGCAGAGAGCGUGGAAUGCAGUCGGCAGAGCUUGCCUUGCCUGGGGGGCGUCUUCCAGAAGAAAGAGACGGUCUACAGGAGCUCGGAUCCUUGUCUGAAUAGGAAAGCUCUCAACAACCGGCUCAACUCUCGCUUUGCAAGAGCUCUCAUGGGAAGAAAGAGGCCAGCCAGUGGCUUCAGGUAGGAAAGCCCCAAAGCAGAUGAAAAGUGGAACUUCCCGAAACGACCUCUCAGCCUCCAACUUCAGGCAAAUCGAUCAUCAAACCUGGGAUGGGGCCUCCAGUUGAACACGAAAGAGCUGUGAGGUAAGAAGAUUCACCCUUACCUCAGUCACUACCUCAGUGGCUCUGUUAGGCUGGUCCUUGCCAAGCAGGGGAGGCACCAAGGUCAUAACUCCUCACCUGUACAACUGACGUGGUGUUUGUGGGUGUUAGCUAGAGGUCCUAUGGCACGUUAACUGAGAGAGAGACAUUCCUGGUCCAAUUAAGAUUUAAAUAAAAAACAAUAAA